UUGGGAUUCAAAUAGGAGUCGUUGAAAGAUGAUGAUGAAGAAUCCAUCGUCGUCUGCAAGAAAACACAUGGCAUAACCAUCAGGAAAAUGUCUCGGCUCCUCGGUGAGAACUCUGCGGAUCCCAACGUCUCCUCCCUCUCCUCGUCGCUCCAGUUCCAGAUGCGCUGCCUCCGGACCGAACCCAGCUCCAUCCUCCACACCGCGUUCAGCCUCACCCGCAUGUCCCUCCAUCUUCCCCUCAGCGUCGUCAUCCUUCACCUCGGCCUUCGUCGGUGGCAGCAGAGGCGCUCCUCAUCCUCCGCCGCGCCGAUGAGCCACUCUGACUUCUUCACCCACCUGGCGGCCGUCAUCGAGCUGAUCGACGUGUUGGGAUGCGUCCUUUUAUUUAUCGGUAUCCAUGGCGACGACUCCAACGCAUAUUUCUCCGGGGUUGUUCUGAGUUUUUUCGUUUGGUACGGAGAGAUGAACGUGAACGUGCUGACCUGUGUGGAGCGCUACCUGGCCGUGGCUCAUCCCAUCACCUACCUGAAGCUCCGGAGCGACACAGGAACCAGAAUCAGAAACAUGAUCUGCUGCUGCUUCUGGUUCUCCAGCUUCAUUGGGAUCGGGUUGGUGGUGAUAGGACGGGAAGCGUUCUACGCUUUCUUCCUUCUCACUCUGUCUCUGGUGGUUGUGUCUUUCUGCAGCCUCUCUGUGCUCUGCAUCCUGAUUCGACCGGGUCCGGGUGAGCAGGGUCAAAAUAAGCCCCGGGUUGACCCAUCGAAGCAGAGAGCGUUCCUCACCAUCGUGGCCAUUCUGCUGGUUCUGCUGCUCAGGUAUGUCAGCGAGCAGCAGCCUUCAUCAUCCUCAUCCUCCUCUCUGCUGUUCUCGAGCCACUGCCUCCAGUCUAAACCCAGCAGCUUUAUAUCCAUCCGGAUUCUCAUCCUCCUCCCUCUCUACGCCUUCAUCCUCCAACAUGGCCUCCACCGGUGGAAACAGAAGCUCUCCGCCUCUCACUCUGACUACUUCACCAGCCACGUGGCUGUCAUGAAGCUGGCUGAUGUCAUUUCCUGUGUUCUCUGCUCCGCAGGGAUCUACGGUGAUCAUCCCAGGAUUUUGAUUGGUGGGAUCAUUUUGUCAUUUUUUCUUAAAAAUGGGGAGACACUGUUUCACAUUCUGACUUGUGUGGAGCGCUACCUGGCCAUCGUCCAUCCGGUCACCCACCUGAGACUGAAAAACAAGCGAGGGGUCAGGAUUCGGGCCGUCUCCACCGGCUGCGUUUGGCUGCUUCGCCUCGUAGGGAUCGACUGGAUCACUGAGGACGUUUCAGACAUCGCUCUUGAUUUUUGCAUGUUGCUAAUUUCGCUAACAGCCGUCUGCUUCUGCAACGUUGCUGUUCACUGGGCUCUGACCCGCCCAGGUCCAGCCAACCAAAGGAAGAGGAUCGACCCAUCAAAAAUGAGGGCAUUCCUCACCAUUUUGGCGGUGUUGAUGGUUCUGCUGCUAAGAUUCCUGUGGGAUCUCAUUUGGCUGGAGAUGUAUUUUAAAAGUGAAACUGCAUAGUCAUAAUGUUUAACUCGUUGUUUGCUGUCCCCAGCAGUCUGGUGUUACCUGUGCUGUGUCUACACACGGCAGGAACAUGUGUGAGCUGCAAGCAGACAUGUUUUCUAAAGAAAUUUUAGAGACUGAUUAAGGUUUAACAAGUUUAACUUGUUUUUCUUAUUGUUUUUUUUACCCUUUUGGAUAAUUUAAAUAUAGUGAAUGUAAAGACAACGUUCAAAUACUUUAGAGAAAAAAUAUUUAUGGGAAACAUGUUUUUCUUUAUUCUGUCUUAGUUUUCAAUAGCUGUUAUGGAAAUAAAAUAAAAAA